GUGUUUGGCUCUUCACAUUUCUUAUCCUGGACUGACAGUGAUAAUUUUGCAAUUUACUUUCACAGAAUAUUGAAAGAGGAUUUUUGAGGGCAGGAAAUUUCAAACAGGCAUCACAUCGAAUGCUGCCAGUAUCAGUCAACCUGAGUCUUAUCGGCUUUUGAACAACAUUUUAAGACGGAGGAUUUACAACGCAAACGUCACAUCAGAGCUGACAAAGUUGCUGAAUUUACCAUAGCCUGAUAAGAAUCUGGAGUAUGGAUGGAGAAAACAGUGUUGAUAAGCUCACUGGGGACAAACCAUGGAAAUGUGUGGACUGCAAAAUAGGAUUCAGAUAUCCAUCUCAGCUGGAAACCCACCGACGUACUCACACUGGAGAGAAGCCGUUCUUUUGCUCAGUUUGUGGGAAGAGAUUUGCCCUGUCAUCUGACCUACUGAGACACCAGCGGGUUCACACUGAUGAGAGACCUUUUAAGUGUCCAGACUGUGGGAUGUGCUUUAAAAGUUCUGGGAACCUGCUGUCCCAUCAACGUGUUCACACUGAUGAAAGGCCAUUCAGGUGUUCUCACUGUGGGAGUCGUUUCAGGCGAUCGUCCCAUCUCUCUGUACACCAGCGAACUCAUACUGGGGAAACAUUCUCCUGCUCCAACUGUGGGAAAGAAUUCACUCGGGGAUCCAGAUUGCUGCAACACCAGAAAAUUCACACUCAGCCGAAACAACUGGCCUGCCCUGAGUGUGGGAAGGGAUUCGCUGAGUUAUUCUCCCUGCUGAGUCACCAGCGGGUUCACGCUGGGGAGAGACUGUUCAUAUGUUCCAAGUGUGGGAAGGAAUUUACUCAUUCAUCCAAGCUGCUAACAGACCAGGACGUUCAAACUGGGAAGGGGCCUUUCACCUGCCCCGAGUGUGGCAAAGAAUUCACUCUGUUAGCCACUCUGCUGACACAUCAGCAUGCUCACAAACCACCAUUAACCUGUCCAGAGUGUGUGAGGGACGCACUGUGUUAGUCUGUCUGCUGACACAUCAGCAUGUUCACACAGCACCUGCUUUGCGUGUGGGAAGGAGUUCUGUCAGUUGUCCCCCCCAUUGAGAUGCAGCAAGUUCACAAGUAAAUGCAGUGAUUGGAUUUUUCUGUCCAAGCGUGACUUGACUUAAUGUCUUCAUAAUGAAGCAGCCUCUCAGUAACAAUCAUCACUGCAAGAUAGAAUUUCCCAUUCAUGAUUAGGGAGAGAAAAGUCAGUCUAAGACUAGAUUUGGGAAGUCAAAGGUGAGGACCAGGGUAUGAAGACAUAAGUGAUUAAACUGAACUGCAGAAGGAAUUUCCUAGGUGACUGAAUGAGACAUAGUGUCAAACGUUUAAGAAGAUUAGAUUCCCUAUAGUGUGGAAACAGGCCAUUCGGCCCAACUAGUCCACACCGACCCUUUGAAGAGUAAACCACCCAGACCUAUUUCCCUCUGCUUAAUGCAACUAACACUUUGGGCAAUUUAGCAUAGCCAAUUCACCUGGCCUGCACAUCUUUGUGACUGGGAGGAAGUCCGCGUGGACAGUCACCCAAGGCUGGAAUUGAACCUGGGACCCUGGUGCUGUGAGGCAACGGUGCUAACCGCUAAGCCACACCCCAAGAUAUUUCAUUGCAUCCUGCAAAGUUACUUUCUGGUGUAAAAGAGAGUUUCUAGGAGAAUACUGCACAUCUGUACCAAACUAAGAACAUGAAAAACGCAUUAAAAUUUUUUUAAAAGUUAUAACCGUAUGAAGAUAAGAA